AUGGAAACAGUCAGUCUAGGCUUAAGUGACAUGUCACGCUUUUCCGACUUCACGAUCCUCACCACAACCUACAAAGCUGUGCACGGACACGAAAUCACAACGGACAUUCUUUACCCUAAGACCCUAUCGCAAGCUUUUGAGCAGACACAGAAGACUCCCAAUUGUCCUGUCAUUCUACGAUACCACGGUGGUGGCCUUAUCUCCGGGUAUAGCCUUUUUACACCCUUCUUCAACCCUUGGUACCUUGAGCUUUCCAAGGAGUACUCCGCCAUCAUUGUAUCUCCAAAUUAUCGACUACUUCCAGAGGCCACAAUCUUUGAUAUACUGGAAGAUGUAGAAGACCAUUGGAACUGGAUGCACAAAUUCCUUUCACAGUUCCUAAACGAGUACACCAACGGAACCAUACAAUCCGACCUCAACCGCAUCCUCACGGCAGGGGAUAGCGCCGGAGGCUACCUGAGCAUCCAAAUGGGACUGAGUCACCCCGGACAGAUCCGGGCCGUGAAUGCAGUCUAUCCUCUAGUCGAUAUCAAAUCCCCUUACUUUACCGACCAGACAGAAAAGGCCAUAUUCUCGAUACCUGCAACACCACGAGACACCCUAGCGCGUCAUAUUAGGGAGGUCCGUGAAAGGGAAGAGACCACUAAUCACAAGGUUGUCAUUUCGGCACCUACGGGUCCGGAGAGAACUCAAUUGAUGUUUUCAGUCAGUCAACAUGGACUCUUCGGGCGGUUCUUUCCGGGUGAUGCUGUUGAACUUUAUCCGCUUGAGAGACUUGAUGCAGGUGCUAGGCUCCCGAGGGGAGGUGUCUUGGUGCUUCAUGGACUGAAUGAUUCGGUUGUUCCUGUGGAAGGGAGCUAUAUGCUGAAGGCUAAGAUUGAUGAGCUUGAUAGUAACUUGCGGUUCCGGCUUGUUGUUAGGGAUGGUGAGCAUGGUUUUGAUCAUUCGGCUAAAUUGCAUGAUGCGUGGUUGUGGGAGGCUGCUCAGGAUAUCAUUCAUUCCUGGCUUGAGUAG